GUGGUUGAAGAGGGGCAGGCAGAUGAGAACGCCACCGACGUUACUGAUCUCUGGGGGUGAAAGCAUAAUGCACACCCUGGCCUUCUGUUCUUUUGUCAUUGGAUGCCACCCUAGCUGCGCGUGAUCCCGCAGCCCUGCAACAGAGCAACUCUGACAGCCAAGCCGGGGGGAAAUAAACAAAGGCCUCGCUCUCUGCCUUGUACCAAUUCCGUAUUCCCUGCCUCCCCUACCAAACCUACCGUGCAGCCUUCCGCUGGUCUUUGCUCAAGCUCCCCGGCAAAGCUUAUAAGCAUUGCCUUUCCCCACUCACAAGCUUCACCAUAACAACACGAAGCUUGAGUGCUCGGCCAUGGCGGAACCCGACAAGACCACGAUUGAGCAAAUCGACAACGGACACCACGACCACAAGGGCUCCAAAUUCGACAAUGAGCAGUUGCGCCGAGAGAGCAUUGCCCGCUUGACGGCCAACACCGAGGGCGAACUUCGCAACCCUCUAGCUGACAUUCCGCGAGAGCAGCUUCUGCUCGAUGUUAAAAGUUUCGCCAAAGAGAACCAAUUGGAAGAUGUCGAGCCGCUUCUAGUCAAGGGUGCCCUCGUCGCGCAGUCUCCAGCACUGUUCGAGGAGCUCGAGGAGCUGGACGACGCAGACCGCCUCGCCAUUCGCGAAGAAAUCACCCAUCGCUUCAAGCUGCCCAGGACGCUCUACUUCACCAUCAUUCUCAAUUCCAUCGCCGCUGCCAUUCAGGGCUGGGAUCAGACUGGAUCCAAUGGCGCCAACUUGUCCUUUGGCGAGGCGUUUGGUAUCCCCGAUUCUGGUGACAAGUGCACGGCAGCUGGAACCUGUGAAAAGAACAGCUGGAUCAUCGGUUUUAUCAACUCUUGCCCGUACAUUGCUAUCGCUUUGUUCACCGCCUGGAUCUCUGAUCCGGUGAAUGAGUUCCUUGGCCGUCGUGGGACCAUCUUCAUCGCUGCCAUCUUCUCCGUACUAGCUCCCAUUGGCUCCGGAUUUACCCAGAAAUGGGGUCAACUCGCCGCCUGUCGUGUACUCCUCGGAGUUGGUAUGGGCCUGAAGGAAGUGACCGUGCCUGUCUUUUCCGCUGAAAACGUCCCGGCCAGUGUGCGCGGUGGGCUUGUCAUGUCCUGGCAGAUUUGGACGGCUUUUGGCAUCUUCCUUGGUACUGUUGCCAAUCUAGUCGUCAUGAACACCGGUUCCAUCUCCUGGCGCUUACAACUAGGCAGCGCUUUCAUUCCUGCCGUCCCGCUAGUCCUGGGCAUCUGGUUCGUCCCGGAGUCUCCGAGAUGGCUCAUGAAAAAGAAGAAGUACGCAAAGGCAUAUCGAUCCUUCCUUCGCCUGCGAAACACCCCUCUGCAGGCGGCACGCGAUCUCUACUAUACCCAUGCUUUGCUUGAACAGGAGGAGAUCCUAGUACGAGAAUCAGGUCUGAAUCCUAAGAGCAACUUCUUCACCCGCUUCAUCGAACUCUUCACCAUUCCACGCGUGCGCCGUGCGACUCAAGCCUCCGGCAUUGUAAUGAUUGGACAGCAGAUGUGCGGCAUCAACAUCAUUGCCUUCUACUCGUCCACCAUCUUCAAAGAGGGCGGCGCGACUUCAAAGGAAGCCUUGAUCGCUUCAUUCGGGUUCGGUCUUGUCAACUUCGUGUUCGCUUGGCCUGCCGUGUGGACCAUUGACACCUUCGGACGUCGCGGACUGUUGCUCUUCACCUUCCCGAACAUGUUCUGGACGCUCCUCGCAGCCGGAAUGUGUUACUAUAUUCCCAAGGACAGCUCUGCCCACUUGGGCCUAAUUGCCUUCUUCGUAUACCUCUUUGGCGCCUUCUACAGCCCUGGGGAGGGUCCAGUUCCGUUCACAUACUCGGCUGAAGUAUUCCCGCUUUCUCAUCGUGAGGUGGGAAUGUCGUGGGCUGUGGCUACGAACAACUUCUGGGCAUCGGUCCUGUCGCUUACGCUUCCCCGUAUGUUGAAGGCCAUGAAGCCUCAGGGAGUGUUUGGAUUCUACGCAGGCCUGAACAUCCUCGCACUCAUCAUGAUCUUCCUGUGGUUGCCAGAGACCAAGCAGCGCACGCUUGAAGAGCUGGAUUACAUCUUCGCCGUGCCAACGCGAACUCACAUGAACUAUCAGGCUAAGCAGAACCUGCCCUGGUGGUUCAAGACGUACAUCCUUCGUCGCAAGGGCCUCCAGAAGCCUCUGCUGUACAAGCUUGGCGACCAGCGUCCGCCUGUUAGCGUCACGCACCAAAUAAGCUACGCUUGGAACACGUACAUCCUCCGCAAGAAGGGUCUGGUCAAGCCAGAUGCGUACGUCAAGGCUUCGCCUCGGGGCGAGAAGCAGGUCUAGGAAGUCUAGUGGCACAAAUUGUACCUUGCUCAAACUCUACUUUUGUUCGCGCUCGAGAUUAUGCCGUCGCUAUGGGUAACAAUUGCUCAGUGGGCGUAAUGGUCGUCCACAUCCUUUCUCCAAUGAAAGCGCUAAACAGCUAGUUGGCGUGGUGGGAUGAUAUUGGCGAUGCUUUCAUUCUAUACCCUCGUCGUGGCUGCAUAGAGUUAGCCUACGUAGUCUGUCCCUAAUGAUGAUAAAAUACCGUAGUGCAG